AAGCUCUUCAUGACCCACACCGAAACUAGCAGCAAAAAUACGCCUACAAACACCUCCGAUGAAGACCAUAUACGCACGGAUCAAGAUGACAGCAAUACGGAAACAAACAACAGGUUUGAAGGUGAGGAAAGUGCAGUACUCCCUUCACUCUCACAAGCGAGAGCGCCACUGGUCGGAAACUCUGUCCAGGACGCCAUGCCCCAACCUGUAGAUGGAGAAUCCCCCAGGACGACCUUUUUUACGCAAGCUAUAGACCCACGUAAUCAAACAAUAAUAUAUAGAAACUCUUCAAAUGCAACAACACAUCAACCAGACAGUAACAGCAACGGAAAGGGGUCCGUCAACCCCAGGCAUAACCUCACUCCAACCCUGACCGAGGAUGUACCACUUGACAGUGAUGAGCCUUCGGCGGCAGUUGGGGUGGGGGGCUUGCCUUCCCCUCAGGCAAGUACAUCUUAUAAACACGCUGCUACAACACUACUGUCUAAAGAUUUCUCAACCCCAGCAAACCUAGACCAAGGCCAAUCGAAUCACAAUUCUCCUAACACAAACCAACAAAACGCACCGCAACAACUCCCCAUGACUCACACCGAGAUUAACAGCAAAAAUACGCCGACAGACACCACCGAUGAAGACCAUAUACAUACGGAUCAAGAUGACAUCAUUACGGAAACAAACAACAGGUUUGAAGAUCGUAACAGCAACGGAACGGGGUCCGUAAACCUCAGGCAUAACCUCACUCUGACCCUGACCGAGGAUGUACCACUUAACAGUGAUGAGCCUUCGGCGGCAGUUGGGGUGGGGGGCUUGCCUUCCCCUCAGGCAAGUACAUCUUAUAAAUACUUUGCUAGAACACUACUGUCUAAAGAUUUCUCAAUCCCAGCAAACCUAAACCAAGGCCAAUCGAAUCACAAUUCUCCUAACACAAGCCAACCAAAUGCACCGCAACAACUCCCCAUGACUCACACCGAGAUUAACAGCAAAAAUACGCAGACAGUCACCACCGAUAAAGACCAUAUACGUACGGAUCAAGAUGACAGCAUUACGAAAACAAACAACAGGUUUGAAUAUCGUAACAGCAACGGAACGAGGUCCGUAAACCUCAGGCAUAACCUCACUCCGACCCCGACCGAGGAUGUACCACUUGACAGUGAUGAACCUUCGGCGGCAGUUGGGGUGGGGGGCUUGCCUCCUCCACAGGCAAGUACAUCUCACAAAUACGUUGCUAGAACACCACUGUCCAAAGACUUCUCAUCCUCAACAAAUCUAGACGAAGGCCAGUCGCAUCGUAAAACUUCUAACACAAGUCAACAAAACGCAACAUUGUUUGUCACCACAAACAAUGAACGGGAUAGAAGAAACCAUCACAACUAUACGAAUCCAAUUCCGGCCGAGGACGUCCCACGUACCAGUGAUAAGCCUUCAGCGGCCGCUCGAGGAGUGGGUUUGCCCUCACCACAAAGUCAACCAACAUACGAACAAACUUUAGCGUUACAAUGGAACUUGAAUGGAAUACAAGGAAGAUAUGCGGAACUAGAAAUGUUGACCACUAAAUAUUUACCAGUAGUGAUCGCCCUGCAAGAAACCCGCCUAACAAAACCAGAAAUCCUGAACCGUUUUCACAAAGCGGAGUAUAAGUGGUCUUUCUGUUCGGUACCUACGUCAAGAACGCAGAAUGGAGUCGGAUUAGCCGUUCAUAACAGUGUAGAACAUAAAUUCUUAAAGCUUAACUCCUCGCUACAGGCCGUAGCAGCACAAGUUAUCCAACCCGUGUCGGCAACAUUCGUAUCCAUAUACAUUCCAUGCCCCAUGCCUCCAAACGAAUUUGAAGAGAAAAUGCAAAACCUGAUAGAAGAGCUCCCAACGCCGUUUAUACUCCUAGGAGAUUUCAACUGCCACAGCCAUAUGUGGGGUGGAAACAAGAGAGACACCAAAGGCGCUAUUUUAGAGCAAUUUAUAAUCGAACAGAAUCUCAUUCUAUUAAACUCUGGAGAACAUACCAGACUUGACCCAAGGACAGGACUAACAUCUGCUUUAGAUCUCACUAUUUCCUCACCGGAGAUCGUCCAUAAACUACAAUGGAAGGUCUGCAACGACACACAUACAAGUGACCAUUAUCCAAUAAUACUAAGUGCAAAUAAAAGAACACCGAGCCUACGCCGGCGAAAAAUGUGGAAGCACGAAAACGCGAACUGGAAUGAAUACGAAGAUUCUAUUCUGGAACUCAUUCCAAGAGAAGCGUCAUUAUCAGUAGAGGAUUUCAGUGAGAGGAUCAUUAUUGCAGCGGAGUCAAGCAUUCCUAGAACAACCGGAAAUGUGCGUAAACGAACAACACCAUGGUGGAACGACGAAGUUAAAGCAGCUGUCAAGCUACGUAGAAAAAAACUUCGAGCCCUGCGAAAACUCGGUAAAAAGGACCUUAGAGGGAUGGAGCAUCUAAAAGAGACCGCCUUAAAAGAAUUCCAAAAAGCCCGGAGCGAAUCAAAGAAAAUAGUACAAAAUGCAAAGAAAAAAUCAUGGGAAGCAUUUGUGGGUAGUUUCAAUCCUCAAACAUCCAGCAACGAAAUGUGGAAGAAAGUAGGAGCACUAUGUGGUAAAACUUACGUUCGAAGCUAUGCCCUGAAAGUAAACGAUGUAAUAGUAGAAGAGCCAAAUCAUGUAGCGGAACACCUAGCUGAAUACUUCGAAGGGAUUUCUGCACCUAUACAGCAUCCGCCGUCUGUAGACCCAAGUCCAGUAGAAAUCAACUCGGAAAGAAUCGAUGACAGCAUAAAUGAAGACUUCACUUUGCAAGAACUCUUUUGGGCAUUGGACAAAGGAGGCAGUAAAUCAGUAGGCAACGACGAAAUAAGCUACCCCAUGCUACGCCAUCUCCCAUUCAGGACCAAAGUUCAAUUAUUGGAAACUAUAAAUACAGUGUGGCGCUCAGGCGUUAUUCCAGCUAGUUGGAAGGAAGGCAUCACUAUUCCCAUCCCCAAACCAGGUAACAACGCAGCCGAUCGAUUAGCGAAGGAUGGUAGAAAUGGCGUACUUCUAACGUCUGAUGUUCCUGGGGACGACGCAAUAAGAGUCAGCAAAACCUCCAUACGAAUGAGUUGGGAAAUCGAGUGGCAGAAAAGUGAAUGCUUCCUAUUAACUACUAAAUCAACUACUUUUCCAUGGUCUGACCGUCUAUUAGCAACAGAACAAAGGGCCCUUACAAGAUUACGGAUAGGACAUACUAGGAUUACACAUCAACAUUUGUUCAAUAGGGAAUCUAACAUGUGCGACACCUGUGGUGUGACGCUAUCGAUCAGACAUAUUUUGAUAGAAUGCAGGAAGUACGAAGAUCAAAGAAGUAAUUGCAACCUAAAAUAUAAUAUAGAUGAAAUUUUGACAAACGACAGGGUUGAGGAGAAAAAACUAAUUAAAUUCAUCAGUGAAACUGGAUUGAUAAAUGUAAUAUAGGUUAAGUAUGGAAAUACACAAAUAAAGAACAGGGAUGAAUGGCUGUUGCACAGCUAAAAACCCUUAGGAAAAAAAAAAAAA